UAUAAUAUCUUAAAUGAGAGAAAUAUUUCAUAAGUCGUUUUUAUGUUGAGAUUAUAUGUCAAAAAUGGCUGCCAUUUCGAUGCGAGCUCGGUAUCUUGGAAAUAUUUUCCAAAAAAGCAAACAGGUUGUUUGUACAUCCGACAAAUGCAGAAGUUUCAGUACAUCAGAGGUAUGGAGGAAGGAGGAGCCACCAGUUGAAGUAGAUGUUGAUACACCUGUAAAGAAAGGAUGGUUUGAUAAAUUACUCAAUGUUCGUACCAUAGCUCCCAGUAAAGAGUCCCACGCCAAGUCACUGUCAGAUAAACAGAACCUGUAUGAAGUAAUGUUUCAUUCAGUGAAGCCAGAAUACAUGGAACAGUAUCUCAAGCAGUUUGAAAUCUACCAGCAUAUGAUGAAUGAGAAAACAGGAGCCACAUUGAAAGGAAGUUUUACAGUAGAAAUUGGCAACCAAGAUGAAGCAAUACAUAUAUGGGAGUACACAGGUGGCUAUCCAGCACUUAAUCAUGCUACAGAAGUCUACAGAAAAGAUCAGGAUUUUAUUGAAUUUAGAAAAGCUAGAAAUAAAAUGUUGAAUGCAAGAAGUAACCAGAUUCUUCUAGCCUUUAACUUCUGGCCAGAGCUUGUACCACGAGAAGGUCCAAAUAUCUAUGAGAUGAGAAGUUACACAUUAAAGGCAGGGACUAUGAUAGAAUGGGCCAAUAACUGGUCACGUGGUAUUCAACAUAGACAAUCUAGUAAUCCUGUAACGGGUCUAUUUUCACAGAUAGGAGAAUUGUACCAAGUACAUCAUAUCUGGUGUUAUGAAAAUUUACAAAUGCGUAAGGAGACUAGAGAAUCUGCCUGGCAAAAACCUGGCUGGGACGAGGUUGUUCAAUACACAGUACCUCUCAUAAGACACAUGCAGUCAAGGAUUUUGAUACCUACGCCAUUUUCACCUUUGCAAUAGAGAGUAUGUGUUUUCUGAUCUUCUUCAUUAGAGAGUCCCAAACCUCCACUUUGAAGAGUAUUUUUACACAAACUGUGGUGCUGGAGGGACUUAAAUUAUACCUUGUUACAGCUGAUACAUGCAAUAUCAAUGACAUGUUGUAAAUAAACCAUAUUUGUGUGAGGGAAUCAAUCCCACUUCAUAUUCAUAUGCCUGGUACUCGCAUAAUUCAAAUAUAUGAAAACAGGAAAAAAAUAAAAAAUUCAUUUGUGUUGGUUCAUUUGUACCACAUGGAUUGUGUUUCGAGAAAAGAUGUUAUUAUUUUAACAAUAUGCCUGAAGUAACAUUUAUAGAUUUCAGGCCAUUUCUAUUUAGCUAGAAAAUGUUAUAUUUUAUUUCUAGAAUUUGAUUCUUAGUUAUUAAAUAUUGGUUAAUCAUACAUCUUAAAUGUAUUUUUAUGGAUAUGAAAUACAUGUAUUACUGUAUAUGUAAUUUUACUGACUAUUUAUGACGUUUUCAAACUUUAAUUAUUUUGUUUUUGAUGUUAAAAGAUAGAAAAUCAUGAUCCUUAUUUCAUGUGAAUUAAUGGAAUGUUUUUGAAGAAAAAUUUGGAUGUCAAUUGUUUAAUUGAUAGAAAAUGUUGAGUAAAUUUGACAUUCUUUGAGGGAAAAAAUGCCUAUCAUAAGAAAGGCAGUGACUUAAGAUAAGAUGGAUUGAUGGGGACAAGAUAGUUUUCUUAAUUUGACAGUAUAGAAGGCAUGUCUACACAUAUUCGCUCAAAAAGGAGCUUGUUUUGUUAAAUUUUUAAGAACAUUAUCCAAACUGUAUGGCAUUAUUCUAGCUUUAUUGUUUGAGGCGUCCCCAGACAUCUUGGUGAAUCAACCACACAUAUGUAUAGGUAUGUGAAAAAGUUCUUUAAUAACUUCUUUAAUUAUUUGUAAAACAUAUUAUUCAUUUAUCAAUCUUUAUGUCCUUUGAUCUUUAAGAAUUUUAAAUGCAGGCAUUUUCAUUAAAUUUUGUUUUUGAUUUAUAAGAAGGCCAGGUUUAAUCAAGCUGGUGAUGGUAGGAUCACCUUUAUGACUUCUGAUUUUCAUAUUUUAUUUGUGGUUUAAUUCAGUAUUUAAUUUAUUUUGUAUAUCAAUGUUACUGUUCAUAGGGAAAUAUUGGCAAGAAUGUUAAUUUUGCUAAUGUUGAAAAUGGAACAUCAUUAAAAAUCUAAAAUCAUGAUAAUGAUGUGCCCUUUAUUUGAAAAGCAAAAUUAAAAUUCUGUAAAUAUAUUCCUAUCUACCUACUACUCUUGGCUUUCCUAGAAAGCACAUGUAUUGAUAUUUAAUGUAGUAAAUUUUAGUUCUUCUGUUGUUUAUGUAAUUAUGUAUGAAAUAAGUGCUAUGAAAUAUUUGGUGCAUUAAUGUAUAUGUUUACUGUUCAACAAUUUACAAAAAAAAAAUCAACUAUACAAAUCUUACUUGAUUUGCGUUCAUGAAAAUACCAUCUUUAUAUCUUUUAAAAUGAAGCUCAUGCAAGGAUUGCUGUGAAGGCAGUAAUAUAUGUGCUGAAGUACAUUUCACACUGCUCAAAUGUGUAUCAAUGAGAUUUAGAAUUGUGAAAGAGUUAUUGCCCUUGACUUAGUUUAAACUUACAUAUUUAGCUUGAUAAAAGCUAUAUGUUUAAAGAAAUCGGUCUUUGAGGUCGGUUCCUAGGAUUAAUUAUUAUUGAUGUCAUAUGAGGAAACAAGGUUGUGUCCCAAAUGACACUAAAUCACCUUACUCCUUUAAUCGGAAGAAGUUGUUGCCCCUUGCAGUGUUUAAAUUUUCUAAACAUGUCCUGGGUCUGUACUGUUAUUGCCUGAAAGGUUGUAUAGAUCUUUAUGAAAACUCAAACUGAGGAAUAAUGGGCCUGAAACGUUAAUCCUGUUGAAGAUUUCUUUAAUUAUUUUACCCAUGUAAUGUUUUCUGUCUGCAAAAAGAAAUGCAUGCGAAAGUACAAGUUAUAUAAGUAGAAAUUAUUUGAAAAACAUACUAUUAUAUACGAUGUUAUAAAUUUUAAUAAUCUCGUUUGAUAUUGAUGAAUUGAUAUUUAAGUAUGUGGAUAUUCUUUUCUUAAACAUAAAGGAAAACGUCAUUUUUAUUUUGUUUUUGUAGACAUCAUAAUAUCAGGUGCUUGUGAAAAUAGGUACAUUGAUUCGAAAAGAUUGAAAAAAGUCAUGACCUUUGAAAUGUGUUUUCAGACUUGUAAAGUUUACAUGAUUUUAAAAGAUGAUUAUUUAUUUAUAUGUCAGAGGUAGAUUUUUGAUUAAAUUAAUUGAGAUAUCUUUCUGUCAGUUAUCAAUUGAUAAUACAGCU